AUCUGCCCUCGCACGCAUAUGGUUCCAAAAAGCCAAUUCUCUUCUUCCCUUUCUUCCAUUUCUCCCUUCAACCAAAACAAUAAACAAACCUCCACACCCAAUUUAAUCACACUUCAAACUCCUUUUUCCUUAUCUCCCUCUCUCUAUUUAAACCACACACACUCCACAUACAAUUUCAAAACUCCACUCCUCCAUCCACAAUGACCUCUUCUUUCUCUUCCCAUCUCCUUCUCCUUCUCUUCUUCCUUCUGGGUUUCCUACAAAAAGGUCUUUCCCUUGAAUAUGGACUCACCCGCGAAGAAUUGGCCUUUCAGGAUGCGGAUCGGGUCCUCAGGCUUCCCGGACAGCCACCCGUCAAUUUCAAGCAAUAUGCUGGUUAUGUUAAUGUCAAUGAGAGCCAUGGACGUGCUUUGUUUUAUUGGUUCUUUGAAGCCAUUGCUGAUCCUCAUGAAAAGCCUCUUCUUCUUUGGCUUAAUGGAGGACCGGGAUGUUCAUCAAUCGGUUACGGGGCAGCGGAGGAAUUGGGACCUUUCUUUCCUCAAAAAGGAGACAAACCAAAGCUCAAGUUCAACCCAUACUCUUGGAAUAGAGCUGCUAAUCUCUUGUUCUUGGAAUCACCUAUCGGGGUUGGAUUCUCCUAUAGCAAUAAUACCAAUGACAUCAAAGAACUUGGCGACACGAUCACAGCAAAGGACUCUUAUGCCUUUCUAGUCAAUUGGUUCCGACGAUUUCCUCAAUUCAAAUCCCAUGAGUUUUACAUCGCCGGCGAGAGCUAUGCAGGUCACUACGUUCCGCAACUUUCAGAGCUCAUUUUCGACGAGAACAAGAAAAUCUCUAAGAAAAAUCGCAUAAACUUCAAAGGCUUCAUAAUCGGAAACGCCUUACUCGACGACGAAACAGAUCAGCGAGGAAUGAUCGACUACGCUUGGGAUCAUGCUGUAAUCUCCGAUAAAUUGUACAAAGAAAUCAAAACAAAUUGCAAUUUCAGCAAUCCAGCUCCGUCAAACUCCUGCGAUGCUUCUCUCGAUAAGUAUUUCGCCGUGUACGAUAUCAUCGAUAUGUACAGUUUGUAUACUCCAAUGUGUGUUGAGAAGAAUACGAGCGGCGGAAGGAAACCGCGGCGAUUUGCAAUCAACGGCGUUGCGCCUCAGAAUGGAGGAUGGCAUAGGAGGCCGAUUGGAUACGAUCCUUGUUCGUCGGAUUACACCGAAAUGUAUUUGAACAGACCGGACGUUCAAAAGGCCUUGCACGCCAAUGUUACGAAAAUUCCAUAUCCAUGGACUCAUUGCAGUGAUAACAUCACAUUUUGGAAGGAUGCACCAUCAUCAAUACUCCCCAUUAUCAAGAAGCUCGUAGCUGGUGGCCUUCGUAUAUGGGUUUUUAGUGGAGAUACUGAUGGAAGAAUUCCAGUGACAUCAACAAGGUUAACUUUGAACAAACUUGGUUUAAAGAUUAAAAAGGAUUGGACUCCUUGGUAUUCUCAUCAACAGGUUGGUGGGUGGACGAUUGAGUACGAAGGGCUAAUGUUUGUGACAGUAAGAGGAGCCGGCCACGAGGUUCCACAAUUUAAACCCAAGGAAGCUCUUCAACUCAUUAGGCAUUUCUUGGCCAAUCACAACCUCCCAACUUCUUCUUUUUAGAUUCUUUUUCUUUUCUUCUUCUUUUUUAAAUCUCUUCUUCUUUACGUUUUUAUUUUUACUUUUAAAAGUCACAGUCUUUUAUUUUUAGUUUAAGGAAUUGCCCAUAAAAAUGCUGAUGGCAAAGUAAUUAGGUUUUUUCUUUUUUCUUUUUAAUCUUUAUCUUCCUUCAUAGUUUAUUGUCUUCCAAUUUGUGAAUAAAAAAAAAUUAUAGUUUCACAUGAAUUAUUGAUCUCUAUUUCGCCAA